AUGAAGUUGGUUCAUUCUUCCUUUGAGAAGGAUAAAAGCGGGUCUGUUUCGCUUGUUGCGCAGGACAAGGAGGAUCUUUGGACUUUGUACAAUCUGAUUGGGAAGGACGAUGAGGUUCGACUGAAAACCAUCCGCAACGUGAAGAAAAGUCCGUCUGACAAGCCUACAAGAAAGCUGCUCUCGUUGUCGUUGAGUGUGGAGAACGUGGAUUUCACGCCGAGCGACGAGGUGAUGCGGAUCAAGGGUCGAACCACAGUCCAACACGACGACGUUCCGCUCGGCUCGUACCACACCGCAGAGCUCGAGUUCAACCAGAAGUUCACUCUGUACAAGAACGACUGGGACGAGAUCAGUCUGGACCUUGUGAACAAGUCGUGUUCGAUCGAGGCCAAGGCCGAGGUGGGGGCCGUCGUGUUGCAGGAGGGAGUUGCGCAUCUGUGUUUGAUCACGGAAAACAUGACUAUUCUGAGGUCCAAGAUCGAGAAGUCGAUCCCCAAGAAACGGCGCGGCGAUUCCAGCGCCCACGACAAACAGCUCGACAAGUUCAUGGAGGCCGCCGCCGAGUCGUUGAUUAGAAACUUCAACAUCGAGAAAUUGCAAGUCAUCGUGCUGGUUUCACCCGGAUUCAGUGCCAGACAACUCUACGACAAACUUUUCAGCAUAGCAACCACCACACAGAACAAGCCGCUGGUCCAGGCCAAGUCCAAGUUUGUGGUGGCCCAUUCGUCCACGGGGUAUCUGCAAGGUCUGGAAGAGGCAUUGAAGUCGCCAGAGUUGCAGAAACAGCUGUCGGAUACCAAAUUUCAGCGCAACGUGAUGUUAUUUGACGAGUUUUCGAAGCUUCUAAACGACGACGACGGCAAGGCAUGGUACGGCGAGGCAGAAGUGACCAAGGCGGUCGAGCUCCAGGGCGCCGUUCGCACGCUGAUGGUGACAGACUCGCUGUUCAAGAGCGACGACCUCGCACAGCGCAAAAAGUACGUGAGUCUCACAGAGCAGGUCAAGGAGAACGGCGGCGAGGUGGUUGUGUUUUCGAGUUUGCACGAUAGCGGCGAGCAACUGAACCAGUUGACGGGUGUUGCUGUGAUUCUCAACUACCCUGUGCCGAACCUGGACGACGACGAGGACGACGAAUAA